GUUAACCAAGAGAGGAAGAGUUGUCUCUCCUGACUAUCAACACUAUUUAUUUACAUAAACAUGCUAACACAGGAACAUAUUUAUUUGAUAACGGGCAAUCAUUAAUCAAAUUUUACUAGUAUGGCUACUAAGGGUGGCGGCGGUAAAACAAAAACGGACAAGCUUGUUGUAGCGGCUAUAGACUUCGGUACAACAUAUUCUGGGUACGCGUUCUCCUUCCGACAUGAUUACGACAAGGAACCGUUAAAAAUAAGUGCCAAUACAAACUGGGUAGCCGGUACCGCAGCGCUCAUGUCACUGAAAACGCCCACAAUCUUGCUGCUAAAGAAGAAAGACAAGACAUUCGAGGCGUUUGGAUACGAGGCUGAGGACAGAUAUAGCCAACUUGCCGAGGAUGCAGAGGAUGACGAGUAUUACUAUUUUAGACGAUUUAAAAUGUUAUUACAUGAUACACAUAUAAAGAGAAACACAACAAUUGCAGAUAUUAAGGGAAAUAGUCUACCAGCAAGUCUUAUUUUCGCAAUCUCUAUUAAAUACUUGAAAGACCAUCUUUUACAAACUUUACAUAACAGAGCUACUGGUAUUGCGGAUAAUGAUAUACAAUGGGUUCUUACUGUACCGGCCAUUUGGAACGAUGGUUCCAAACAGUUUAUGAGAGAGGCAGCGGAAAAGGCCGGGAUUAAGCCCCAGAACUUGAUGAUAGCGUUGGAACCAGAAGCUGCCUCGUUAUUUUGUAUGCACUUACCUGUUGAUAAAAUGAUGAUGCAAACAAACUUGCAGUCCUCUCAGAUAUCGCCAUUCAGCAAAGGAACACGAUAUAUGGUUGUGGACGUUGGAGGUGGAACUGUUGAUAUAACUAUUCACGAAGUUGUUGAUCGUGACAAAUUGAAAGAGUUAUAUUGGGCUAGUGGUGGAGCAUGGGGUGGAACUCGUGUGGAUAAAGCUUUUGAACGCUUCCUUGGGAAACUAUUUGGUGACAAAGUUUUUGAGGAAUUUUCAAAGUCUGCCCCAGAGGAUCUUAUUGACCUUCAUAGAGAGUUUGAAACAAAGAAACGAAAUAUACGCAUGGAUAAAACUGGCAAGGAAACAAUCAAAAUACCUGCCCGACUUACAGAAGUGUUUGAAACUAUGACAAAGAAAAAAGCCGCCGACGCUGUUAAAAAUAAUACAGAUUUUCAAGGAAAGGUGACAUAUACUGCAGGCAAGCUUAGAGUUGAUUCUUCUGUUAUGAAAUCUUGGUAUGAUGAAUCUUGUAAUCAGACUGUUAAACAUGUCAAAGAAUUGUUUAAAAAUAAAGCUAGCAAAGGUGUUGAAACGAUUCUUUUAGUUGGUGGUUUUUCUGAAUCACCUAUGAUGCAAGACUCUCUAAGGGUGAAUUUUCAAGAUAAAAGACUUAUUGUCCCGGAGGAGGCAGGACUUGCUGUGCUGAAGGGCGCUGUUUUGUUUGGCCAUAAUCCAAUAACAAUAGUAUCACGUGUUGCAAAAUGUUCGUAUGGCAUCCGAGUGUAUCGUGAUUUUAAAGCUGGUGUACAUCCGGACAACAAAAAGGUUCAAGUUGGAAAACGUGUUAAAUGCAAGGAUGUCUUUGCUUGUCACGUACAGAAAGGUCAAGAGUUAGUUGUUGGUGAGGUGCAAUCAAAACAAAGAUACACGCCACUAGAAGCAGAUCAAAUGACGCUGGUCUUUGAUUUAUACACAUCUACUGAAGAAGAUCCUCAAUAUGUCACGGAUGUAGACUGCUCUUAUUUAGGUCAGUUGGAAGUUGAAGUUCCGGAUCUUUCUGGCGGGAAAGAUCGAGGCGUCUUUGUGAAACUGAUUUUUGGUGGAACUGAAAUAAUAGUUGAGGGUGAAGAAGAAAAAACUAACAAAGUAACAAAAGCAACUUUUGAUUUCUUGCAGUAGUGAAGUCACAGCAGAUACUAGUACUUAAUACUUGCUAAUAUUUUUUUUAGAAUACACUUUGGCAUUAUGUAUGGAAGCUUAUGCAAUGUAGGCGAUAUGGACUGCCUACAAGUAGUUAUUUGAAUGUGUUACUGUUGGUGAUUGUUAGUGUAUGUAAGUGUAAUUUGGCUAUUUUCUGGAUCUUGCUUAUGGGUUUGUUGUUUUAAAUGUUUUUGCAUACUGUUUCAAAAGUUUCUACAAACUGGAAAAAUACAAACAGCGUGAUUGAUGAACAGAAAAUGUGAGAAAAGAUAUUAUUGUAACCUACAAAUGGAAAGGUUCGUGAAAUAAGAAUUAUCUUGUUGUAAUCAUGGUUAAAUUUUGUGCUAUCAAAAUGAAUUUCGUAAUAUGUUGUAUCAUUAGUAGAUGAUGCAACAGUUAUUGUAAAAAUGGUACUGGUAAAAAAUUCACUUGUAUCUUGAUAAGAGUAACCGCAAAGUUCUUAAAACAAGACAUUAUUUUUGACAAAACUACUAAAAGAGCAGUUGAAAUUUUUGUUAGGGAAACUUUUAUUCUCUUUUCUUGUAUAAUUCAUGUGUAUUUAAAUGACAGAAAUUUUUCUUAUAAGAAACCAGCAAGCAUAAACAUUUUGUUUGUAUAUGUUUUCAUUAUUAUAUUUUUGUACUACACUAGACUUAAGUAAAUGCACAUAAAAUCCAUAUUAAAAUGAUUUAUAAGAUUUGUCCUGUGCUGUAUCCGGAAACUAGAGUUAUUCAUAGUUUUUUUUUUUUGAGUGCGUGCUAUGUCCAUAGUUUUUUUUUUGAGUGCGUGCUAUGUCCUUUUAUUUUAUGAGGAAUUGGACUGAUAAUUUUGUUAUAUAAAAGUGUCAUGAGAAUCAUUAUUGUACUUGUUGUCUCUCAUGAGUAGUGACUGAUUAUGUUUUUAUUGCUCUAAUGAGAAAGUCUUUUUUUUCAUUUAAGCGAAAUUAUUUUAAAGUUGUAAUUAAGUUUAUGCUGCAUAUUUAUAAAGAUAUAAAAGCUCAAUUAAAUAUCAUAUAUAAGUAUGGUAUCAUAGUUUGGGGACUUUUCUGUCGAAAAUGUGCCUGAGUUAAAUCGUCUACAUCAUAUACAUGCACAAUGCCUUAACUGGAGUGCAGGUAUUAGUUACCCGCGUUCCAGAGCAUACCCAUUGAAUGGUUCAUUUUGUCUGGGGUUUACUUAUUGUGACAGAGGAUUACGACAGAAAUAUCAUAUUUAGAUGCUCGUUCAUCGGUUACUUUUUCUGGGGUUUCAUGUUGUGACAACAUGGAACUUUUGUUGGCAAUCUGAUUUAUACACGGGAAUAUGCCACCUUGUACAAAUCAGAUAGCCUCGUUUUGGAUGCUCUUUCUAUUACUUGUAGUAUACUGCUAUAUUCUAUUAUACAAAGCUGUUUUAUCAACGUCUAAAUAAUAGUAUUACAGUAACAUUGAGAAUUAUUUGUAGUUUGUCUCUGUAUGAAAUUGGUGCCCUAUUUGUCAUCUUAUCAGGAUGGAAAUGCAUUUGAACUGAUUUGAAAUUACCUGACUUUUUAGUCACAUGCAUGUAUUACAAUGAUAACGUAAUGGAUGAGAAAAUUCAAAACAUAAGUUCAAUUCAGAUUGAAUGUUUUGGCACGCCACAUAAACGAAAAAAAAAAAACAACAAAAAACAUUUU